AUGGUGGGAACCAUAACAAUGGGCGACGAAACACGACACGAUGCCGAGGAGCAGCGCGGCCGGUCAAGGCUCUCGCCGGGCUUGCACAUCCCAAAGAACCGAAGCACGGGAAACCUAGGGCAUAUGGGCGGUGAUAACUCUGAAAAGGCUCGAAUCCGAUUCUCGUUUGAUGCUGGGCCCUCUGCCACGGAAUAUGACACCAUCACAAGGAGCUCAAUCAUGACGGACCACGAUCACGGCUUGGGCCUGUCAGGGCUCAGGCGCAUCCGGCAGCAACACAAUCCCGUUCGAGCUCCCACGAUGCCUUCCUCUGGAAGUCGGGCACCUUCUCUCAGCGCUCUCACCAGAUGCUCGUCCGUUUCGGUGCUGUCCGACAUGGGCAACACACCCAUCUCUCCUGGCCCAACUUCUCCUGCCUUUACUGAAGACCUGAACCGCUUUCCGUCCGAGUCGUUGCAUUCCUUUUCGUUUGCGCAUCAGUCUGAAGACCUUUUGCACAGCCGCCAAAAUGUCCUCAAAAAGUCCAUCGAGUUUAUGAAAGAUCGGAUGGGCUGGUCGGUCUCGACGAGCGCUGCCAUGGCCAGCGCGCAAGCUCGGGUCACUGGUGACGUGGAGAUGCAGAACAUGCUGGACCUCCUCGCGAAAGCCCAACUGGUAGGGGCUGGUAACAUUCCAAAUGGGGACCUUAGCAUCCCCACAGGUCCACUGAGCGGUCCUGCAACCAUGUCUGACGAGAAUGUGUUUGAUAAGGAGUUCAUCCCGAGGACUGAAAGCCCAGGUCCGAUCGAGAGAACGCCCUUGUUGUCCCCCUUGACCCUGGAACCUGCUGAGCUGAAGGAUGCGCCGGCUACUGCACCCCUCCCCAGACCUCAGCUCCUCAUGGGAGGAGAGCCCGACUCUGAGAGCUCAUCGAGAACCCCCACCAACGAGAGCGGCACGACAGCAAAAACGCACACAACCGGGAAGACGACACCUCCACCUGCUAUUCGUCCGAACGCUGCGCUGAAGCGGACCAUGACCGACACUGUCCAAAUAUCGGUGCAGCAAAAGCUUAUGGACGCCAUGGCCCAGCCGUUCCUUGCCACCGAGCCGGUCCAAGCACAGCACAUCAUCUCGCGAAAAUCACCUCAGCAAGCCUUCACUCCCAUGAUCAACACAGCUACCUCGCUGCCGGGUGCGGCACAUGGCUCCACGAGAUGGGUACCUGCCGCCCAGGCCAUUUUCACCACAGAGUCGAAGCCACCAUGGACGAUUCUUGCCGCCAACGAUCUUGCCUGUUUGCUUUUUGGUGUGACCAAGGCCGAGGUCAGGAAGAUGGUCUGCUCGGUGCUCGCGGGGGGUGGAAUUACGGCAAAACUCUUGAGCAAACCCAAUUCGAGGACGCAGGCCCCCAAGACUGGCCGGCGACCUGCAACGAUCCACAACGGCGACCCUAAGCCACCAAAGCCGGGGCAUGCUCAUAACAACAGCAAGUCUAGGGGCGUGCUGCUGUGCGGAGACGUGGUCCCGAUCCAAAAGCGAAACGGCGCAACGGGUUCGGCCAGCUUGUGGGUGAAGGAGAAGAAGGUGGGCCUCAUCUGGGUCUUGGAGGAGAUCCACGAGGACGUUGCGUAUGUGGACGUUGACGAAGACGGCAACGUUGUCAAACUUUCCGGUGCGCUGGGCCCUAUUUGGGGAGACGAGACGAUCCAGCCUGGUCUGGACGUUGGGCGGUUGAUACCCCGUAUUCCGCGCCAAGGCUUUGACCCACGGUUCGGCGAGGUCGACUACUAUGAGAUUACCAAGAAGAAGUACUACACCUGCCGAAACUGCGACAGAAUCAACAUUCCGGCCACAGUUGAGCAGGUCCGGGGGACAACUGAACUGCGAGUGUCCAGUUUCCCCCACAUUGCCGGUAUCGUUGUGGUAGCCCCUCAGAGCUUGAAGAUCAAGAGCUCAAACUCUGUCUUUUGUGGCGCCCUUUUCGGUCACGAGAAGCCGGACGGGAUGUCUAUCAACAGCCUGGUGCCAAACUUUGACAGGAUCCUUCAGAUUCUGACGGACGAAGAUGGCAUUCACUUGGUUGAUGGCAUCGUGAUUCCGGAGCACUCCUUCAGGAAAGCAUCGGCCUUCCUUGCCCUCAGAGAGGGCCGGCCGGAUGCUGCAACGGGAUUUUUGCGGCCCGAAGGUCUUCCGGCCAAGCAUCGGGAUGGCUCCGAACUCAAAAUUGACAUUCAGAUGCGCGUGGUGAAGAGUGAACACCAAACCACGAUCCACGAGGAGGUGGUCGAGGAGGGGAGCGAUGACGACUCGGCGUCUGGGGGAGCCAACGACAAAUUUGUGGUGCCACACACAGAGAUGGUUUAUGCUUUGUGGAUAACCUACUCUAGGCACCUGCACGCAUCCAGAACAAAUUUGGGAGUAUCGUCGCCGUUGCUCUCUGGCGCUGCCACCCCGCUUCACCAACCGUCACCUGGACAAACACCCGCGCAUACACCGGUGGAAAUGCAGUCGGAUUCCGACAACGAGCCGCCAAAGGAGGAACAGACGGCCGCCUCCUCGCUGGCGAGACAGCUGAAGGACGCUGCUUACAGCGCCGCUGCCAAAAUCACCGGGGGUGCCAUCAAGGGCACCGAGGCACCAAUGGAGCAGCAACAACCCGCGAUCGCGGCUGAUGCCAAGUCAGAAGCAAAGAAGAAGAAGUCGAUCGACGACUUUGUCAUCCUCGAGGAAAUGGGACAAGGCGCCUACGGCCAAGUCAAGCUGGCCCGUUAUCGCGACAGCGGCAAGCGCAGCAUUCUCAAAUAUGUUACCAAGAGGCGCAUUCUGGUCGACACGUGGACGCGAGACAGACGACUGGGUACCGUCCCGCUGGAGAUCCACGUGCUGGACUACCUGCGUCGCGACGGCUUCAAGCACCCCAACAUUGUCGAGAUGGAGGACUUUUUCGAGGACGAAGUGAAUUACUACAUUGAGAUGGUGCCGCACGGCUUGCCGGGGAUGGAUCUUUUCGACUACAUUGAGCUUCGCGCCAACAUGGAGGAGCAAGAGUGCCGGAGCAUCUUUGUUCAGGUCGCGAGAGCGAUUCACCACCUGCACACCAAGGCGCUGGUGGUGCACCGGGAUAUCAAGGACGAGAAUGUCAUAUUGGAUGGGGAGGGAAGGAUCAAGCUGAUUGAUUUUGGGAGCGCGGCAUAUAUCAAGAGCGGGCCGUUUGAUGUUUUUGUGGGCACCAUUGCCCCAGAAGUUCUGGCUGGCAGGCCCUACGGCGGCAAAGAGCAGGAUGUAUGGGCGUUGGGCAUUCUGCUCUACACCAUCAUCUACAAGGAGAACCCGUUCUACAGCAUUGAUGAGAUUAUGGACCGGGACCUGAGGGUGCCGUAUACCAUCAGCGACGACAGCAUUGAUCUCAUUCGGAAGAUGCUGGAUCGGAACGUGGAGCAGAGACUGGAUAUCGAGCAGGUGUUGGCGCAUCCUUGGUGUAGGAUGAUGGAGUAG